UCCAUUCUGUUUUUUCCAUCAGAAUGAAUCUUUUACUCCGAUGUUCUUGUCAUCCCGAUUUUUGAAUUUCUGCCUUCUGACUGUAGAUGUCAAACAAUCAGCUGAUGAUGGACGUGCACGUAUCGAGGGCAAUGUUUAUCGAAUUUGGAGCAUUAACAAUUAUUCCGUUUCGUUUGGAUUGACAUUGGACGAACUAUUGAAUUCAAUAUCUAUUGUUAAUUAUUAAUACAAUGCAAUAAUGUCGACUAAAGUUUAUCAAACCGAUCAUGAGCUGGAGACCCGUGUGAAGAAAGCCACUGAGAGAAUAUCUGAGAAUAUGCACAUCGUAGCCAACGAGCCGUCACUAGCGUUCUAUCGGCUGCAGGAACAUGUGAGGAAGGCAUUGCCCCCGAUGGUAGAAAAACGUGUAGAGGUACUUGCACUUCAACGACAAUUGCAAGGACGUUGUUAUGACGUUGAAUAUGCUGUCAGUGCUGUUAAAACAAUGCAAGAUGCGGAGAAAAGUUUUGGAAACACAAUUGAAUUCAUAAAAAAUGCGAUGCAUUUUAAGCAGCAGUUGAAAUUUGAAGAGCAGAGGAGAAAUAAAAAGGAUGGACAGAGGGAUUCCAUGUACAAGAGAUUGUCUGCACACAUUCCAACGCUUGAUCAAUUGCCCCAUUUCUCCGAUGAAAUAUCCGAUGUUGUUAGGGAGACUGCAAAUCGAGUUGAAUCAUUAGUGAAUCAUGCUAGACACUCCAAUGAACUCCAGAGAGCCAAUACCACGCACAAUUAAUAUUACUUGUAUUAUUUCAAUGCGCAUAUUCAUCUACUCGGUGGUAUUGCAAUGAUAAUAUUUUAUUGUUAAAAAAUUGAUGAAUUUAAUGUUGAAUAUUUAUU